AUGAGCAACAUUGAUUGGAAUAAAUUCAAAGUACCAGAACUUAAAGCAAAGUGUAAAGAGCUUGGUUUACACGUUAGCGGUACAAAAAAAGCGUUAAUAGAACGAAUUUUAUCCUAUUAUCAUGCCGAUUCUAAUCAAACUGCAACAUUCCACGGCAAAUCUAAUGGUCAAGUUGAAUCAUUAGAUUCAAAGAAAAAAACUGAAAAUGUUUUACAGAAUCCUGAUAAACGUAAAAUUAGUGAUGAUAUUGAAGUUGCGGCAUCUCAAAGGAAAAGUAAAAAGGUCGAUGAUAGUUCAAGAAGAGAAAUAGCACCUAGUGCUAGUGACGGGUCGAUUGUUGAUUAUAGCACACGUGAAAGAAUGAAAACCCAAAUAUCGACGCAGAAAUCUGUUUCCUUAGUUACAAAUGAUUCUAACAUAUCUGAAAUUCAAAAACUUGACGGUAAAGCGAAAUUAGUAGUAAAUGAUCUGCCUGUGAUACGAAAUAUUGAAACCUCCGUUUCCGCAUCAGAAGAGGCACAAAGGAAUGUAUCUGAAAUGCUAACAUCUCCAACACAAAAUAAUGCAUCUGAAUUCUCAAAAUCUUCUUCCAAGAAGACAUUACAAGAUGCGUUCAAUACUGAUUCAAACCUGAAUCAGUCUGUUUUAUCAAAAGUUUCAAGACCAUCACAUUCAUCUAAUGCCAAUACAAAUAAGAAGACAUUACAAGAUGCGCUCAAUACUGACUCAAAUCUGAAUCAAUCUGCUUCAUCAAAAGUCUCGAGACCACCAUAUUCAUCUAAUGCCAAUACAAAUAAGAAGACAUUACAAGAUACGCUCAAUAUUGACUCAAAUCUGAAUCAAUCUGCUUCAUCAAAAGUCUCGAGACCACCACAUUCAUCUAAUGCCAAUACAAAUAAGAAGACAUUACAAGAUGCGUUCAAUACUGACUCAAAUCUGAAUCAGUCUGCUUCAUCGAAAGUCUCGAGACCACCUCAUUCAUCUAAUGCCAAUACAAAUAAUAGUACACUACUUAACCAUUCAUUUCGGUCAUCAGGCUUUAAAGAAACAACAGACGCAGGGAAACCAAAAAGAAAAAAAAUUCAUCACAUAAUUCGCAAACAAGAACAUGUAAAAAAUUGCAUUACCAAAUUGUCAAAUACUAUAGAUUUAGUUUCAAAUCAAAUACAACCUGUAUUAUUUCCACUUAUUCAAAUUCCUCAAGAUUAUUUACAAAUGACUGAGAUAUUAACAAGUUGCCUCGAACAAACUGAUUUUCAAACUGUCCUGGCUGCUGAACGUGUUUGUCAUUUGUGGAAACGUGCUGCAUUUUUAGCAUGGAGGGGACUUUGCAAACGAAAUUUUAGCGGCAUAUUACUAAAUAAUGCAUUGCGUCAGUAUCCUAAUCCGUCCAAUUCAUUCAAAGAUUAUUAUAAACGAAGAUUGGAAAUUCACCGUUACAAUAUUACUUUGUUAUCUCGUAGUUGGAUUGGACAACUUUACGAAAAUCUUGGCAAUUCACCUAAAGUUAUCAUUAAUAAUAAUGAAUUCAUUUAUGGAAUUCAUCAAAAUCUAUAUUAUAGUAACGAUCACCCAUAUCAAUUAUUUAUGACUCUGAGAUUUUGUGUUGCUAGAUUUUAUUAUUAUACUCAAUGUGGUGGCUAUACUGGAUUACUUGAGGAUAUACCUUGUAUUUUAGACGUGAAUGAAAUCAUUGAAGAAAUUUGGAAGAUUAAAUUGGUAAAUGGUGAUGAAUUGGUAAUUCUUGGUGCAACAGGUGAAGUUAUUGGUCAUGACUUUGAUAAUAUUCAUAAUAAUGACAACACUAAAGAACCGUCAAGAAUCGGAUGGUCAACUUUAAAUAAUUGGAUCGAUACGGAUGCAGAAUUACAUGACGAUCAAAUUAGGAAGGCGCAAUUAAGAGUAGAUUGGACAACUUACAUUCAUUCAAAACCUCAGUUUACACCAAAUAACAAUAAAGAAUCUAUCUUACCGUCAACAAUUGAUAAUUCUCCAGUCUUUUUAAUAAAUAAAGUUAUUACUGAAAAUGGAAAUUAUCCAAAUUCAAUCCAUAAAUCCAUAACUUUUGAAGGUAAUCCUUUAAAAUAUAUCUAUUCAGCAAGAUACGUCCUUUCAUCUGUCGAGCCUUUUACGGUCUCUGGAAAUUUGCAACCAAAACCGCAUUGGAAAGUUGCUCGUAUAUUGGCAUUUAAACAUUCAUUACUAGAAUCCGUUGAGUCAAUAAAAUUGCCAGGAGAAAAGGUUUUUGGAAAAAAGUUAAAUGAAAAUAUAUGCUUUGUUCAAACUCCUUCCAGAGGUGUGUUUGUGUUGAAAGUAACUGGGCAAAUAAUAGGAAAUGAGGAUGAUGGAAUUAAUUUUAUGUGGCAGAUGUUAUUAGGGUGUGGACAUUAUGGUGAAGUUAUAAUUGAUACUGAAGAUAAUAAAUCUUUUCAAAAUGCAAGGUUAGAAUACUUUAAACUAACCGAUUAA